AUACGUCUGAGCUCCGUUCUCGUAGUGACUGCGGCCACAUUCCUCGUCAGCUGCGACACUGCCACUGCUGCCACGCAGUCCAGCCAGACCCAGCUCUCGAGGGCUGGUGCUGCCCCUGUAUCGAGCUCGCGAUUCCUGCGAAGCGCCAGGACAGAGGAAGCGGACGAUGAAAGCGAACAAGAAGAACCUGAAGAACAUCAAAGUUCCCACCACCCGCUGCUGGCCCCAGAGAAACAAGUCGUGGCGGCUGCGAAAGCCUCUGAGAAGGCCACCACCAAACUGUCGAAGGCGGACGAAACCAUCUUGACCAAGCUCAAGUCCAUCGACAAAGAUCUGGAUAGGUUCAAGCAGUGGAAAGUGGAGGAGCUCACGCCUAUCCAAGUGAAGUCGAUUUUGACGCGGGCUAAUGUCAAGAAGAACGGUCCGGAGUGGCAGACGUACUACCAGUACUUGGCGGCGUUCUUGAAACAGAACCACAAGGUUAACUAA